AUGGCAAACGUAACGCCAGCCGAUGUUGAAAACAUCACUUUAAACUUCACUGUACCUGUGGAAUUAUCAAUGGACAUAAUCGCAGCCGUAAAUAUUCUUUUCUCCAUCACGGCAUCUCUUGGCAACACUCUGAUCUUGGUUGCUCUUCGUAAAGUAACUUCUCUUCACCCGCCAACUAAACUCUUAUUUCAAUGCCUGGCGAUCACUGAUCUGGGCGUUGCUCUUACUUCCCAGCCACUCUUCGCCAACAUGCUGCUAAAUGAUUCUAGCACUGUUGAAGUAAUUAUAGUCAGUAACGCUAUUCUCUCCAUUAUUUUUUGUGGAGUUUCGAUGCUCAUAUCGACUGCCCUCAGUGUGGACAGACUUCUCGCUCUCUUGUUGGGAUUAAGGUACAGACACGUUGUAACACUGAAGAGAGUUCGUAUAGCUGUUGCCUGUUGCUGGUUAACUGCUUUUGUGAGUGCAUUGGUCAUAUUUUUGUUUAUAGGAAAGACCGUUACGAAAAUAGUCAUGAGUUUAAUAAUUCUUUUUGUAAUUACUAUCUCACUGUUUUGUUACACAAAAAUCGUUCUUAAACUUCGGCAACAUCAAACCAGUGUGCAAGAGAAUGUCCACCAAGGAAUGGCGAACGCAGGAGGAGUUCCAAUAAACUUAGAACAAUAUAAAAGGACUGUUGUAAGCAUAGCUUUGGUGCAGAUAGCAUUAAUCGCAUGCUAUUCCCCAUCACUUAUUUUUCUUAUAUUAGUACAGCUAGAUAUAGACUAUGAUGGUUUUCGCUAUAACGUCUUUGUUACAAGUACAACCUUCCUUUAUCUUAACUCGUCUUUAAACCCGUUUUUGUACUGCUGGAGGAUCAAAGAAGUUAGACAAGCAGUUUUGGGUACAAUCAAAAAGUUUUGCUCAUGUCCAAGUUGA